AUGGGUAGACUCGCCCCUAUGAUUCUUGAGGGCGCCAAACACGGCGAUCUAUCGUCCCUCCAGAAGCUAGUAGACUACGUAGCCCGGGAGAACUACACGUUAUCGGCAUUUGGCACUUUUCUCUCCGUCUUCCACGUCAAGGACGCUUCCAAGAUGUUCGAAACCGGAUGGGAGCUGCUCCUGGACUGUCUUCACGCGCAUGUCAGGCACUACCAGUCCAAGAAAGGAUCUUUCAGGGAGAAAGCGAUUGCCAAAUUGAACGAAGAACUCGACCGCAUUGUCUCGUGGAUUCACCGCCUCGCCUCUUACGCCAUCGAGAACUUCGACGAUUCUUCUCUCGGUCCUGCUCUUGACAUGUCAUGCAGGAACAUCGUUGAGCUCCUGGUGCUUGACCCCACCUUUGAGCAACUCAUCCUCUUCUCCCCGGCCGUCAUUGAGAUAUCUCUCAAAGCAUUCACGACGCGCCGGAGAGACAGGGACCAGCUUCCCUUCUUUCACUUCGACCUCGAGAGACCCUGUGCUAUCUUCCUCCUGUUCUCCAAGUUCCCCGCCAACCGGGAAGCCUGGAACAAAUACCUCGACGUCGUCCUCACCUCGCACGCCUCCCUCAAAGUCUUCUGCGCAGCCUACGUUCAUCGAAUCGCCCGACUCGUUCAACUAUGCCAGCGUCACCACCAACUAGGCGAAAUUGAUUGGGAAAACGGGUACCAAAUAUACCUCCUCCUCCCUUUCUUGACGGACGUCCCGAGUAUUCACAAACAACUUCGUCGACUGGGGUUUAUCCGCGAGAUGACGCAUACGCUGGCGAGCAUGGCUUCAUUCUCCGGAUACCCGGCUAUACGGUACUCGCCGAUGGCGGUUCAGGUCUUCAGAAUCGCGUACGAGCCGGGCGUGAAUCCCUUGAGAGGCGUGUCGGACGCUCUCAAGGAAGGGAUCAUGUUGCCCAUCAUACCUGGGAUGCUGAGCAACGGCCCCAAGGGAUGCGAAGCUCUAGGCUUCAACGCGGUCCUUCGUGCAUGGGGAGCAUUUUCCUUCUACCCGCAGUGCCUUCCCCAUUUCAAACACGCCAUCGGGAUGCUCCCUUGCCCCUUUCCCGAAGAGAUUAAGCGCCGGAAAGGGUUCACGCCUAUCAGUACGAACAACUAUUGGAAGCAUUUCGUCAAGGGGAUCGAUCAAAGAUGCGCCCUUCUCGAGUCGUUCUCCACCGGGACUGAGCUGGAUUUAUGCGAUAAUGACCUCGAGACAAUCGGCGCAAUACCAAGCCCCAAGUCUGUUCAGGGUGCCAUUCCGUUGUGUAUUGCACCGUCGAAUGCCAGACGACAGAUUGGAAAGAACGACACCGACGCGAAUGCAAAUCGAUGCGCCAAAGCUAUCUCGGUGAGUGACAUCCCUACAUCUUCUCACUGCCCCGUCUUUCAAACCCAACGGGCAGAUCGCUGCCGCAACCAGAUCCGCUACACCCCCUUCACGCGAUCUUUCCACCUCGCAGUGAUGACUUCCGCCAUCAACGACUUCUACUUCUCCGACAUACAGAACUCCUCUCCGAGGACGAUCACCCUUCUCGACUUUGUCGACAACCCCAUUCCUCGUCCAAAGAGGAGGACGAUAUCCAUCAAGGAGCGCCUAGAGUCUACGCGCGACGAACUUGUGUUUUGGCACUGCCAAGCGAUGGAAACAAGGGCUCUCAGAUUGAUGGAACGGUUCUACAACCAGGACGGGCCUGAAACCAGGCUUGUGGAAGGCAUGUUCUGUUGGAAUUCGAUGUAUCGAAUUUCGGUUGUCGCAGAACUUGCCCUGAAUAAAGAGGUGGAUGGAAAGUGGAACGUGUUGCGCAAUGUUGCCAAGGUUGAGAUCUUCACCGAGGAAGACGGGCGUCAAGCAGAGAUGGGUGCUGCGACUUGUGUACGCGGCUUCCUGGACGUCUUACUUUAA